GUUCCUGCCUCAUUCGAAAUUUGUGCGUGCAACGCGAAGGACGUGCCGCUCCGUCAGUUGCCGUCUCGCUUGCUCACUCGCCAUUAAAACCGCCCUCUCGUUCUCGCUCGCCGGGCUGUUACCUUUUUUGUUGUUUGCCACAUUUCGCGCCACCCCAAAAACACAAAAAAAAAACAACCAAACACACAAAAACAAAAUACGAGAAAACCGAAAAUCAGUUAACGUGACCAUUAGUGACGUCAGUGGCUGUGAGGAGGAAAAUUCGCCAGAAGCCCAGUGUCAGGAGCCAGGAGCUUAGUCGCCAGGAUGUCUGCGAACAAUCAGCACCAGCAGGCGGAGCAUGCCGCCGCCGCGGUGGCCGCCCCCUCGGCCUCAUCGGAAUACCUGAAGCGCACCUGCCUCAUCUGUGGAUGCCACACCAACCAGACGAUCAAUAUCUAUGAGCCGCGCUCCGGCCCCAACAUCGUCCAGCUAAUCCAGGCGAAAUUCAAGUUCCAGCCUUUGAACGAGGACAAGUUCCUAUGCUUCAGCUGCAACAACUGGCUCAUCAACUGGCACUCCCUGCAGGCGGUCAACAGCAAUGAGGCCGAGAGCCAGAGCCAGAGUCCUUCGCACAUGGGCAACAGCAGCAGUGUCCUGCAGCAGGAGCGUACCAAGCUGCGUCCCGUGGCGAUGGUACGGCCGCAGGUGCGGGUGCAGCCCCAGUCCCAGCCUCAGCCCCAGCCCCAAGUGCCCGCCACACCCGCCGCCAUACCGAUCACCUAUGCGAAGCGGAGGAGCAGCCGCCGCAGCAACAGCGCCUCGGUCAGCCGGAUGAGCCGCAUCCUGAGGCAGUGCUGUCUGGAGACCCUGCGGCGGAGUCCCAAGAAGCGGAGCCAGCAGUCGGUGUUCGUCUACCUGAGGAGCAAUCAGAGGCGCAACAACGUGCUCUGCAAGGUGCAGUGUGUGGCGCCCCGGAGGAAGCCAGCUGAGGCCCGACUAGUCAAGGAGGCGGCAGCACCUCCGUCCGUGGCACAGCCCAGCCUCAACGCCUACCAAAGAUUCCCGCAGCCCAGUGUGGAUGGCAAGGUUGUGUCCAUGUUCCGCCGACUGGGAACCACGCUCAGUCGAGAGGAGCCAUCUGCCUCCAGCCACUCCUCCUCCACCUCCUGCAACCCGCCACGUCCCCCACAGAUCAUGAGUCCCGCCAAAGAGAGACCGCGCUGGACGCGAGUCCUGGACGAGGACGAGGUACUGCUGGAAUUCGAUAGCGCCAUAUCCGAAGUUCUGCCCGCAACAACAAGAGUGCGACGCUGCCUCAGCUAUCCGGUUACCAAUGAGGAAAGGGAAGAGGAACUUCAAUCAGAAGAAGAUCAGAGGGGGGAGGAAAGUGCAGAGGAGCAUGAAGAGGACAUGGAACAGGAACUGGAAGUGGUGCCGGAACAGGAAGCGCCACUGGAGCCACAAAGCCACCGCAACAGCAACAGCCACCAACUUUCCCACCAACAACCAGCUUCGAUCCACUUGGCCGGACUGCGGCUGCCGCAGGGUCUUAGUAUUAGCCUGGUCUAAAGGAGCGGUCCAACAAAACCCUAAAUAGUCAAAUUGCAUGCACAAAGAGAUAAAUGAAAAGCAAAUUAUGAGCAUUAGCUAAUGUCUAAUUUAAAUAGUACCUCGAUUACAUUUUAAUUGUUAGUCAAAAUACCUUAAUUAAUUAGCAAGCUACGGACAAAAUAAACACAACAAAAGACCUAAGAAUGUUAAGUUAACCGAUAUGGAAAGCUAUAUUAAAAAUAUAUUAGUCCAUAGUCCCUUAGACCCUUAGUCCCUUAGUCCUUUAGCCCCCCAUGAGCCCAAUUAAGUAACUCCCCUCAAGCCAAUGUAGUUAAAUUUGUUUGUUUGCUCCAAAAAGACAAAAGUAUUACAAAAUAACAAAUGGAAUAAAAAUACUUA